UCAUCAUCAUUGAAGAGUGUGUGACGCUGGCCGCUAGGGCCUAGGUCUUAUGUAAGACCGCUGACCGGCUCAGAAGAGAGCAGCCGGCCAUCUUGUUUUGAACAUUAUUCAUGACUUCCUCAUCUUUGUCAAUAAAACCAAUUGAACAUCGAGGAGUAUUUUCUUCAUGAGGAAGUCAUUAUCAUGGUGAUCGUCGAAUGUUCGGUACCCAACUGUGACUUCAAAACACAGGAUGUCUCUGAUGCAAUCGCCGUAGCGUUACUAAAUAACCACGGCCUCGCACAUCAAGCACUACCUCCCGCUCCUACUGCCCCACCGCCGGCCCGAGGCCCGAAACUCGACCGACCCAAAGUGGACAUAGGGAUCUCUAUCGAGGAAUGGAACAUAUUCAUGCGCCGAUGGGGGGUUUUCCGUUCUGGAUCUGGCAUCACUGACGCCCAGGCGCCUUUCCAACUGUUCCAGUGUGCCGGCCCUGACCUCGGGGACAGCCUACUGAAAGCCAACCCAGGAGCCACCUCGUUGCCCUUGCAAGAUUUGACCGCAGCCAUGCGCUCGCUAGCUGUCAUUCCUAUCGCUACAUGUGUCCUCCGUACCGAGCUGCUCCAGUUAAAACAGGAACGGGACGAAACCUUUCGUGCAUUCGCAGCCAGGGUGCGGGGAAAAGCGGAAACGUGCGCAUACACAGCAGCAUGUGCGUGUGGCCAACCCGUUGACUACACCGACCACAUCAUACGCGACGUCCUUUUAAAUGGCAUUUACGACUCAGACAUAAGGCGUGAGACUCUGGGCAUUACAGAUAUCUUGACCAACCCAAUUAAUGACGUCAUUGCCUCGGUGGAGAGUAAAGAGAUGGCUCGCAACGCCCUACCGUCUUCAACCCUGUCCGCGAUGUCGUCCUUCCAGCGUAACAAAAACACGCCACCCUCAGACCAGUCACCAAGCGCAGCAGAGAAAUCACGACAGGCCUCCUGUCCUGAUUGUAAAGUGUCAUUUCACGUCUUCUCAGAAGGAUCUCGGGGCUGGAAUUCCAAACCUCAUCAGGUAUGCAUCGAUUGCUACAGAGCCCGUAGGCGCAAAAGGCGACAACCAGCCAAAAGUCAACAGUCCGCCAUCGAGUCAGGCCCGAUCUCCCAGAUCGCAUCUCUACAAUCCGGAGCCGUACCUCGCUCUCGUGGUAGACCACAGAACGAGCCCGCCAAACUGGAUCACCAUAUCUUCACCAAGGGGGAGUGGCGACGAGCUCAACUCCGUGAUCAUCCGCGGACAAACAUCACUAUAUCGCUCGAUACUCCAUCAGCUUCGGGAGCCACUUCCCGUCCUCGCGAUCACCUCGUAGCUCAGAUAUCAGCCGUGGCCGACACUGGUGCCCAGUCCGACCUUUGGUCUCUAGAGGAGUUCCUUGCAUGCGGCUUCUCGCGCGAUGAACUGCAACCGGUCAACCUCAGCUUGUCGGCCGCCAACCGGUCUCCAAUAGCCAUCGACGGUGCUUUCUUCGCUAAACUCUCCACAGCUCCUCCCAACGGUGAGGCCACGUGCUGCCGUUCCAUGGUGUACGUGAGCAGCUCAGUCCGAGCUAUGUACCUCUCCUAUGAGUCCCUCCUCAACCUCGGUCUCCUAUCUACGGACUUCCCGACGAACCCGGUUGGAAGACACGACGGCCGCCGACCUACCCCCCAUGGCCGCAGCAUACCAGAGCCGCACUCAUCCAUCAACGCCACCCGUUCCAUCAACGGCGGCUGCACAGCACCAAACACCCCUUCUGAUCCGACCUGUCAUUGUCCCCAGCGCACGGUGCCACCACAACGUCCGUCGGAACUGCCAUUCCCCUGCACCCCGGAGAACAAUGGCCGCAUGAAAGACUGGCUCCUCGAGAGGUAUGCCUCCUCGACGUUCAACACCUGCCCCCAUCGUGCGCUCCCGUGCAUGGACGGACCACCCAUCGAGAUACAUGUAGACCCAGCAGCCACACCCAGAGCUUGCCACACCCCGGCCACCAUUCCUCUUCACUGGCAGCAAAAGGUAUACGACGACCUUCUCCGGGACGAGGCCCUUGGUGUCAUCGAACGAGUGCCUUACGGGGAACCUGUCACAUGGCUCCACCGCAGGUACUGA